GGGGCUAGAAAACAGAGGCUCUGUUUCGAGGAAGAAAACAGAGGCUCUGUUUUGGGGGAAGGAAACAGAGGGCUCUGUUUUGAGGUAGCCACUCUAGGGGGAGAGAUGCAAGUCAGCUCCUGGGGUUAUGUCCUUUGUUGUUGUGUAUGUUCUUUGUUACUAUGAGAAAAUUUUCAGUUUUCAAAUGAUGGGUCUGUAACUUUUUGAUACUCGACACGAUUGGAGUUUGGGUGUGGUUUUCAAAAUGGAUAAUGACUUUUCGGACAAGAAAUCUAGCUGUGGUUUUUUGAAAGCUGUGUUUGGUCGGCGUGGAUUUUGGACAAGAAGAAGCGCCUCAAAUGUUUCGUUUUCGUCUGGGAAUUCAGACAAUAACUUCGUUAAAACGCCGAGCAGUCCGAAUUCGAAGCGCCGGCGUGGGAGCUCCGAUGAGGCAGAGUCGAAACCAGCGAGUAAGGUGAAUCCGAACCAGCCGAGACAACAGAGGGCGGUGUAUUCGAAUCAGCAGAGAGGAGUUCCGAUGAACAAGCAGAAUGAAGGGUGUAAGACAGCGGCACCGCCGAGCAGAGUGGCGGCGGCCGGGCAUGGAUAUGUGGACCAAGGAAGAAAGGUGCCGAAGGACGCCAUUGGGAUCUCUGGCGAGCUCGAGAUCAUGAUCGCUGAUCACCAACAAUCUAAGGGGACUAAUGGGUCGCUUGUUCGAGCCUCCUCCAGCAAUGUCAUGAUCUUUGGAAAUUUGGGUAACUUAAGACAAGGAGCUAGCGGAGAUGGAAAUGCAUACAAUGUGGUUGAUUAUGUGCCUAAAACAGCAAGAGAAGAGACUCCAAUAAGAAAUGGGAAACACCAAAAUGGUGGGAUGAGGAAUGUAGCCAAGGGUCAGCCGAGGCAUGCCGAACAAUCGAGUUCGCUUUGUCGAGCAUUGUCGACUAGAAUGGAUCCCGAGCAAUUGAAAAUCAUGGGGAAUGAAGAUUACAAGAAUGGAAGAUUUGCAGAAGCCUUAGCUUUAUAUGAAGCUGCAAUUGCGAUCAACCCGAACAAGGCGUCGUACCGAAGCAAUAAAAGUGCAGCUUUAACAGCACUUGGCAUGCUUCUUGAUGCAGUUUUCGAGUGCAGAGAAGCCAUUUCGAUCGAACCGCAUUACCAUCGAGCUCAUCAUCGACUUGCUACAUUGUAUCUUAGAUUAGGAGAGGCAGAAAAGGCAAUGUAUCAUUACAAACAAUCAGGACCAGAGGCUGAUCAAGAGGACUUAGCAAAAGCCAAGGCUGUUCAAGCUCAUUUGAACAAAUGCACCGAAGCACGACGACUCCGAGAUUGGAACACCGUGAUUAAGGAGACCGACUUUGCGAUAGAAUCCGGGGCAGAUUCCGCUCCGCAGAUAUUUGCUUUGCAAGCUGAGGCGUUUUUGAAGCUUCACAAGCACCAAGAUGCUGAUGAAGCUAUAUCAAGAGGUCCAACCUUUGAAGUGGAUGCCUGUACUAAGUUCCUUGGUCCUGUUGGCAAUGCCAAUUUACUACUCAUUCGAGCUCAGGUCGACUUGGCUGCAGGCAGAUUCGAUGAUGCACUGGAGGCAGUACAGCAGGCUGCUCGGCUUGACUCGAACAACAGAGAGACUAAUGUAGUGAUGAGGCGAGCUCGAGCGGUUGCUGCUGCUCGAUCAAAUGGCAAUGAGUUAUUCAAAGCAUCCAGAUUCUCUGAGGCAUGUCUUGCAUAUGGGCAGGGACUUGAGCAUGAUCCAUACAAUGCUGUGCUGCUGUGUAACCGAGCUGCUUGCAGGUCCAAACUUGGACAGUUUGAGAAAGCAGUUGAAGAUUGCAAUGCAGCGCUUAACGUUCGCCCGUCGUAUGGCAAGGCUAGACUACGGCGAGCCGAUUGCAAUGGGAAGUUGGGAAAAUGGGAAGCUUCAAUAAACGACUACGAGAUCUUGCUAGGAGAAGGUCCCAACGACGAGGAGGUCGGCGAGGCGCUAGCCAAAGCUCGGAUGGCAAGCUUAAAGUACAGCGGACGAAAUUAAUAUACACAACCAUGCAUGGAUGAGGCGCAACCCUUGUGUAGAUGCUACAAAAGAAGACCAGCAUUGUGGGGAAGAGGCGCCAGGAGCUCAAAAGUUAUGUGAAAGGCAGCCACAUUAUAAUGGAUGUUAUGAGAUGAAAUUAAUCAGCAGAAGUUGGUGGCUUAGGAUCUGGCUUUCCUCAAACUUAUAGGACUCUACGAGUAGUUUUCGCUAUUCUUU